AUGUCGCACUCAGGAUUAUUUACAGUUCAUAAUAUGGCCCACAUGACUCCCGGUGGCCCAAGUCAUGCGAAGCGUGCAAUACCCACAAUAGCAGACAAUCAAAAAAUCAGGGACCUUUCCCAAAACACUGUUAAUGUUUAUGGUUCUGCGACAAUCACUACAGAUCAUGGCACAAAGGUUAACAACACAGAUAAUUGGCUCAGUGUGACUGAUGGAAAUAGAACCGGGCCUUUGUUGCUGGAGGAUCAACUUGCUCGUGAAAAGAUUCAUCGGUUUGAUCAUGAACGUAUACCCGAGCGUGUUGUGCAUGCCCGUGGAACAGCAGCAUUCGGCCACUUCCGGGUUUUUGAGAGUGCCACUGAUGUUACAUGUGCUCGAGUGCUGAAUGAUACGUCUCGAGCAACUCCUGUCUUUGUUCGGUUUUCAACAGUCCAAGGCAGCCGGGGGAGUGCUGACACUGUCCGUGAUGUCCGGGGGUUUGCGGUCAAGUUCUACACGGAGGAAGGAAAUUGGGACCUUGUUGGAAAUAACGUUCCAGUGUUUUUUAUUCAAGACGCUGUUAAGUUCCCCGAUUUUGUUCACGCCAUGAAGCCAGAACCCCAAAAUGAGGUGCCCCAAGGACAAACUGCCCAUAAUAAUUUUUGGGAUUUUGUUUAUUUACACCCAGAAGCCACUCAUAUGUUCAUGUGGGCAAUGUCUGAUCGUGCUAUUCCCCGGUCCUUCCGCAUGAUGCAAGGGUUUGGCGUCAAUACUUAUGUUCUGGUUAACCAUGUUGGAACACGAACCUUUGUCAAGUUUCAUUGGAUGCCAGAACUUGGUGUUCACUCACUUGUGUGGGAUGAAAGUCUCAAGAUUUGCGGUCAAGAUCCCGACUUCCAUCGCAAGGACCUUAUGGAAGCCAUUGAUAAUAAAAUGUACCCGAAAUGGCAACUUGGGCUUCAGCUAAUCCCUGAAGCAAAAGAGCAUGCAUUCGACUUCGAUAUUCUUGAUGCCACCAAGAUAUGGCCUGAAGAUCUCGUCCCUAUUCGAUGGAUUGGCGAGCUUGAACUGAAUCGCAAUGUUGACGAGUUUUUCCCUCAGACUGAACAAGUCGCAUUUUGCACAAGCCACCUUGUUCCUGGUAUCGACUUUUCAAACGAUCCGCUUCUUCAGGGGCGCAAUUUUUCUUACUUUGACACUCAAAUAUCUCGUCUUGGGGUAAACUGGGAAGAACUCCCCAUCAACAGACCCGUAUGUCCUGUGAUGAACCAUAACAGAGAUGGACAGAUGCGCCAUCGGAUUACUCAGGGCACUGUAAACUACUGGCCUAAUAGGUUCGAUGCUGUACCCCCCACCGGCUUCAAUGAGCACAGCUUUACCUCAUUUCCAGAAAAGAUAUCCGGGAUCAAAACCCGUAUCUUAAAUAAGAAAUUCCUCGAGCAUAUCAACCAGGCCCAAAUGUUCUAUAACUCCCUAAGUGACCAUGAGAAACUCCAUAUUCAAAAAUCUUUUUCAUUCGAGCUCGAUCACUGUGACGACCCGGUCGUCUACAGUCGUCUCGUGGAGCGUCUCACUGAAAUUGACCUUGACCUUGCUCAGUCUGUUGCCGCUAAAGUCGGAGUUCCAUCACCACACAAGACAGACCGACCAAACUUGGGCAAAACGGCCACCAACGUUAGUCAAGCAGAGCUAAACAAGAAAUAUGCUAGUAAUCCAACUAUCAAGUCUCGCCGCAUUGCUAUCCUCAUCGGCGAUGGCUAUGAUCCUAUCGCAUUUGUCUCUGCAAAGGCAGCAAUCAAAGCGUCCGGCGCACUGCCCUUCGUCAUCGGCACCAAGCGUCAAGCCAUCAUCGCUGACCAUGAAGACCCAGAAAGUGACAAAGGCGUCAUACCCGACCAUCACUACGACGCCCAAUACUCAACCCUGUUUGAUGCCACCUUCAUCCCAGGCGGCUCACACAUCAAGAACAUGGGCCAGAUCGGUCGGAUCAGGCACUGGAUUGCGGAAUCUUUUGGGCAUCUUAAGCCCAUUGGUGCUACAGGGGAAGCCGUCAACCUUGUAGCGCAGGCUUUGAGUGCGGUUCCGGAAGUGGAAAUUGCAGACGCCACUGAUGGAAAGCUGGUAGAGUCGUAUGGAGUCGUGACAAGCGGGAAAUUUCACGAGCCGGAGGGCAUGGUUGAAGGGAUGAGGAUGCUAAAGGAAGGGAGCCACUUCUUGGGAAAAUUCUUCCAUCAGAUCUAUCAAGGGAGAAAUUUUGAUCGGGAGCUCGAUGGUUUAGCUGACAGGGUUGCUUUUUAA